AUGGGGAUCCUAUUUAGAGAUUGGUUUACAACAGCUGCUAUGGCCAAACAAAUUGAUCAUUCUCUGAAUGAAUUUGUCGAUUGUCAAAGAAAAUAUUUAUUCAUGAGAAAUAAUCGUCAACUGAUCAAAAUCAAAGAUAAUUUUCAUACCAAAGAAUUGGCUAUAUCUAUAUCUACCUAUCAUCCCACCAAGAGUCAAAAUGAAAUAAUGAAUGGCUUAAAGGCAAUACGAACACAACAAGGAAAAAUUUACGAAGAACUUCUUAUGUUAGAAAUGAGAAUUCUAUGUCAAUUUUUACCAAAAAAUUUCGAUCAGCUUCAAUAUUUCAUUGCACCUUUCACUUAUGCACCAUUCAAUCAUAGUCAAAAAGCGAUUCAAGUCAAAAAUACACAUUAUAAAACAAUACAAGAAGCAAAACGUCUAUGGUUAAUUAUUUCUUUGAAUGCUUAUGAAAUUAAGCUACAAGACUAUGAAAAACAAUAUCAAAAUAAAUUUCUAGAAUUGGAAUCACAAUUAUUAUUUACUAUCAUGAGUAAUGGUUCCUCUAUUUUCAAUCAAUUUAAAGAAUAUAUGAUUUGCCAAACAAAUACAUUAAAACAAGAUAUUGUUAAGAAAGUUUCAUCUUAUCGAAGUACAUUACUUCGACUUCGUCAACGUUCAUCGCCAUCGAGAAAAAACAUCAUUGGUGUCUCACCUGAAACCUAUCUUGAUUUGAUCUCGAAUCCAUUCAAUACACGUCAAUGGAAUCAUCUUUCACUUGGUCCACUUUGUAUACGAUUGAAUCAAAGUGCUAUUCGUCCUCGACCUCAACAAGAAAUUCAAAUUAAAAAUGAACAUAAAACCAUUAAUGAUAAAGUUCAGCAUUAUCUUGUAUCACCACCACAUAAUAUACCACUAAAAUCACUGGCUCUAAAAACAUUUUCAAAUGAUCUUCUCAAUUAUUUUAACCGUUCUUAUUUUUCUCCAUUAUCAUAUAAAGAUCAAGUGCGAACAGCAGAACAAGCAAAAACUGUCGCAUCAAUUCGACGAAAAAUUGA